AUGGUUUCAGUUCCACCACUUCGUCCGCGCCGAUUUCCUACAUCAGGAUUUGUGACAUUGGACACCUCAGAGAAGAUAAAGGAGGAAAGACUUUCCUUCUACGUGGUAGAGAGAUACUAUCCGGUUUAUAUUGGAGAAAUGUUUAUACUUAUUUCUGAGCACCUGAAGAACUGUGGUGAACAUCCUGGCAAGAAACUAGUCCGCUUAGUCCUAGAUUCAUUUGAGGUUGUCGGUGCCCAUGGGAAGCACACAUGUUUGAUUUAUCAGCCCCUUGGCCUGAGCUUUACUGAAUUCUGUGAUGUGCUUCCUGAUAAAACGUUCCCAAAGGACCUUGUGCAAAGGAGUAUCCAACUCAUCUUGAUUUCGUUAGCGUUUAUGCAUGAGAAUAGCGUUGUCCACACAGAUAUAAUCGAGAAUGAGAUAAGAAGACCGAUUGCUAGAAAGGUCCCAGCUGAUUGUACUGUUUACGUCUCUCGACCAAUACCUGUUACCACAGGCUUGCCUGUAAUUACUGGCUUUGGGGAGGCUAGAGUGGGAAACGGGAAAUACAAGCUUGGGAGAUUGAUCUUAAACAUGCACUGGGGUUCUAAGGUUGAUGCCUGGUCAAUCGGUGCCAUCGCUUGGGAUUUAAAUAAUCAUCAACUGAGUGACAAGCAGCACAUAGCAGAAAUGCAAUUGUUAUCCAUAAAAGAGCGACAAUAUUCCGGAGAAGAUAAAAUUCUCUUUUUAAAUUUCUUGCAAAGAAUAUUCAGUUGGCUGUCAGAUGAGCGGCCGACAGCAGAGGAGAUUGCGCAUGAUGACUUUUUAAUGCAGCCAAUGCUGCAAUCUAGAGUCUGUCCGUGA